AUGAAAAGUUUUAUUACAUUACUGAUAAAUUUUGUUCUACAAAAUCAAUGGAUCACAAUCAAUGCUGAGCAAGUGCUUGGAAUAGCGCCAUGUAUGUAUUCAGGUGAUUUUGAUCCUAAUGGAUACUUUUGUCCAGAUACACCCAUGUCAAUAGAUAAGUUACCAUUGCAGGAGUGUACAUCAUUAGUUUAUGAUGGAAUAAAUAUGGCUGCUGAUUUAACUGUCAAUUUUACUCAAGUGGAUGAAAACAAUGUAAGCGCUCUUGAAUCCUCUGAUAAACCAUUGUAUUUAUAUUACGGUUAUGCAACUCUACAAGCUUGGGCACAAGCAGUUGAUGCUGAAAAUGUACCUAUAGAAUUGACCAAAAUGAGAGAAUUUUUAAUGGAUUCAAAAAUAUCGGGUUUAGUACUAAAGAAUUUAAACUAUGAUUACAAUGAUUGUAAUGCAGAUUUUCAUUUUGAUCCAAAUUUUUUUAAGAAGUUAAUAGAAUACAUAACUGAAUUAAAAAAAAUAAAAUCCAAUUUGAGUAUUGGAUUAUAUGUGAGCGCAAGCAACAUGAUAUAUUAUAGUGAUAAACCAAAUUCUCCAGAUUGGUUUGACUUUACGGUUUUAAAUGAUGUUAUGGAUAAUUAUAUAAUUGGCUUUAAUAAUUUCAAUCCGUGUAAUGAAUUCUUUAAAGGCGGAACUGUUCCAAUGGAUGAUGUUUUAAAUCACACCCAUUCCUUGACAACAUUCGAAAAAGCUUUAAGUUGUUCAACAAUUGCAAAGGACAAAAUGUAUCUAGAGUUCUCAGCGAGUCCUACACUUAAUACAACCUCCGCUGAACAUCUACCCACAUGCUGCGUGACAUAUAAAAAAUAUUGUGAAGCUGACCACUAUAAUAUUUACUUCUGUGCUGACAAUGCAGAUGCAUUCUAUAAAAAAGGUAAAUUUGCUAAAGAUAUAGGCGCAAAAGGAAUCGUAAUAAAGUAUAUCGAUACAAUCGACCCCACUGCAAAAUGUGAUUGUGAUAAUAAAAAUGAGUUUAUAACAUUUACGAUGAUGCUUCAUGGUUUUAAGUGUUUAGAACCUAUUACUCACUGUACGAAGUUAAAUAGUGUUAUUCAUUCAUAA